AUGUCAUACGUCCGCCAUCGGGGCUCUGCCUCGCCUCGGUCCGAGUCGCUGUCUCGCUACGGGGAGAGCAGCCGGCGCCUUAGCCGCUAUGACCGGUCGAUGUCGCGGUCGCCGGAGCACUCGCGUCCACAUUCGCGAACUCCCCGGUCCCGAUCUCGGUCCCGGUCCCGAUCUCGGUCCUGGUCCCGGUCGCGCUCCCGGUCGCGCUCUCGGUCGCGGUAUGCCCGGUCGCCGGUUCGGAAUGCCGCUGGCCGGCGUCCCGGCCGCCAGUAUCCCCGCUCCCCGAGUCCGGCCCGGCCAUCGGCGGCCUCCGGAGGCGGGCUUUUCUCCCUCAGCUGGGCCUCUGGCGGGGGGGCCGGUGGCCGUGACGUCUCGCGCUCGCGGUCCCGUUCCCCUUCCCGGUCGCGAUCGCGGUCCCCUUCCCGGUCGCGAUCGCGGUCCUUUUCGCGGUCACGAUCACGCUCUCGCUCCCCCACCAUCUCGCCCGGCCGCGACCUCCCUUGGAUCCGCCCUGCCAGUCGCAGCCGCAGCCGCAGUCGGAGUCGCAGCCGCAGUCGGAGUCGCAGUCGUAGCUUCAGCCGCGGUCGUAGCCGCACUCACAGUCGGAGUCGGAGUCGCAGUCGCGGUCGCAGUCGCAGUCGCAGUCGCAGUCGGAGUCGCCUCGGCCGCCUCGGCCGCAGUCGUAGUCGUAGUACCUCCCCACACCAGGAGGCCCCUCACCGAGCCCGGAGUGUCCUGUCAGCCUGGUCCUUUUCCGGGUCGCGCUCCCGUUCGCCCAGUCGCUCGCCCAGCCCCGGCCCUGGGUCCCAGCCUCGGCCGGAUGAUAUGCCCGCCGGGCCAUUCGGCCUCUUCCAAAAGGCCGUGAUGGAGCUGCUUGUGUACGCCCACGACAGCGAGCAGCUCCCCCUUCGCAAAUAUCCCUACCACACCCGGACGCCCUUUUGGACCUUCACCGAGGAGCAGCUGGCCCAAUGCCCCUCGCUCGCGUCCCUUCCCAAGGAGCGGAUCGACGUGCUUCGGGACUCCUCCUGUCAGCAUAUCUACACGGUCGCCGACAAGCUCGGCUACAACAUUCAAACCGUCACAACCGCCCUCACAUUCUUCCACCGGUUUUUGGCCUCCUUCUCCCUGAAGGAGUCAGCCCCGGAGCACAUCGCCCUGGCGUGUCUCUUUGUCGCGGCCAAGGCGGCCGACGAGCCCAGCCGUCGGUCCAAUCACAUCAUCGAUUGUUAUUGCCGUGAAAUCUUGAAAAUCGAUCCCCCCCCACCCUCCAGCCGGGCAUCCUCCUCAGCUGGCCCGGCGGGCGGGGACCCGGCUGGUCGCGCCCCUCGGCCCGGCGGCCCGGGCCCCUCCCCCCCGGCCAGUCGGCUCCAGCGUCCCUCGCGCCCGGUGUCCGCCUCCUCCAGCACGGCCGACCUCACUGGCGGAACGAGGUCCCCCCCGGGGGGGGCCGGGGGCAUGGGAGCGACCAUCAAUGGCCAUUCGGCCAGUGGCAGCGGCAGCGGCAGCGGCAGUGGCGCCAGCGGCACCGGCGCCGGCGCCGGCACCAGCACCCCCGCCGAUCCGCCGGCCGUGCGCAAGAUCCGCGCCAUGCUGCAGGACAUCUUCAAGGGAAUCGUCCGCUGCGAGACCAUCCUCCUGUCCGAUGUGCUGGCCUUCAACUUUGACGUCUACACCCCGUACCAUGACCUUUCGUUCCUCCUUUCUCACUUGAAGGACCACCUGCAGGCCAUUUCUCCCGGCAACGACAUGCGGGUUUACGACUACGUCUACCGCUCGACCCAGCGCCUGCUGAUGAAGACCUAUACCACCCCGAUUGUGUUGAAGUUCCACCCUGUCUAUGUUCUACUUGCGUGCAUCCAAAUUGUCACUUCCCUGGUUCCCCGCUUCGACAUGGCUGCCUUUGACAACAUCACGGGCUCCGAGACCCACUACUUGGCCAUUGAGCAGAUCCUCCCCUGCGUGUCGCCCAGCAUCAGCUUCAACGUGGGGGCGGCCGCCACCCCGGCACGCAUGCGCGAGGACAUUCUUGCCCGGAUUCGGCCACUCUACUUCCCGGGCGAGCGCCGGCCUCACCCCCCUCCCGGCAGCACCGGCCCCCAGGCCACCAACCCCCCCCAGCAUCCAGGCUCGCCGCCCCUUCCCCCAGCCACGGGUGACCGAGACCAGCCUCCGCCACCGCCCAUGCCACCGGCCUCCGCGACUGCCCGGCCGACCACUCGGCCGGUGUCCGCCCAAACAGCCGGUGUACCCGUGGCCCUGCCCCCUGCCCUCAGCACCAGCGGCCCCAUCCCCUCGGCCGGCGGGAUCCGCUUCAAUCGGCGAUCGCUUGCCACGCCCGAGCCACUGACAGCCUCCGGCCCCGGGCCCGGCCCGGCCGCCACUGCCUCUUCUGGCCCUGGCGCCGAGCCCCCCUCUCACCGGCUGCCCGCCUCCCUGUCUACCACCAUGGCCGGGGGUGCCUCGAAGUCGCGUCAGUAGCAGCAAAAAAAGCCCCCCUCCACCCGGCCCCUUCUUUCUUCUUCUUCUUCCCCGUGUGCGCCUGGGGGUGGACUGCUCCUGCCACCUCCCCCCCCCC